AUGGCAUCAUCUGCUACUACUCAGAAACCACCUGCAGGCCUUGCUGGAGUACUCAAUGGCCCGGAAAACCCGCGCGACUCGGCGUAUUUCUCGGCCAAGGAUCCCGCCAGCAAGCACAAUUCAACCCAGUCAUCCACCCAUGAGCCACAGAAUUCUAUCAACCAGAUCUCUCGGAAAGAUAUAACAUCCACCGCAGAAAUCACUACCUCAAUCUCUACCAGUACACACACUCAAAUUAACUCACCACCCUCUCGCGCUAUGAGUGUCGCCUCAAUUGUCUCCCCUACCCGUUAUGGACUACCCCAGACUCUCCAUGAAUUGGCUUCGCACAACUCGGGGAUUUCCCUAACUUCGGCUUUUUCGGCACUUGGUAAUAAAGAUGAUUCGCGCAGAGAAUCUGUUGAUAGUAGAUUAAGGGCAAAUUUUGGAGACAUGCGCCUGGCAAACUCCCCUUGCGCCAGUGCGAAUCCGUCCACCACUUCCCUCCAAAGCACAUUGGCACAACAGCGUAAUCCUGGCACUUCUCUCCCUGAUCGUAACUCAGGGUCUAUUCGGUUGUCCAAUGGAUAUCAUCACAGUUACCAGCGAAUACCUGAUACACCUAUGAUUGUGUCAAGGACCGCACCUCUAAUUACAGGUCCAGCACUAGGAGCUAUUGCUAGAGCUUCAGAACCGACCAAAGGACAGGCGUGGGCAUUUCCCGAGGAACCAGUACAUCGAAUUCCAUCUUCAAUACAUCAAAGUGACGAGACAUCGAAUCGUCAUGUGAAUUUUAACUAUGAUGAAUCCCGUCGCAACUCGUUUACUGACUCAAUUGCAAGUAGUCAGCAUACUGCUGAGUCACGACUGCCACCUGGGCAGCGAAGACUAGAAGAUGGGGUCCUUUCAGAACAAAAUCGAGGAGAGCCAUCGGAAUAUCAAGUUUCGACACACCAUCACAGUUUACAAUAUCGGCAGUUUGGCGAUCUACAAGCCGAUGGAGACUCGCAAAACGGCGCCCAACCUUACUCCAGAACUCCAGAACUUCGAGUGUCGCACAAGCUUGCUGAAAGAAAAAGACGACUCGAAAUGAAAGAUCUCUUUGAUAACCUUAGGUCACUCCAGAGUGUUGAGCGUGGGGCUAAGGCAUCAAAAUGGGAAAUUCUUUCCAAAGCCAUAUCUGAACACGAGCGCCAAACAAAGCUGAUUGAAGAACAAAAACGGGCUAUGGGUCGUCUCGAAUCGCAACUUCAACGAAUGGAAGUAGAUUUGGAUAAUGCUCGUCGCGAAUCAAGUAAUUAUCGAGCAGAGAAUGCACAAUUACGAUCUGAAAUUUCAGUCUUACAGCAAUCCUCCACAAAUGGCCCAUACCAUGGCUCUUCGUCUCAAACACUUGGUUAUGGGAUAACUGCGUCAGAACAACCGUCUCAGUUGCCCCCUAUACGUAGCAUCCAAGGCCCAGAAGUCAUGAGUGGUGUGCAGUAUCACCAUGAUCAGCGUUCGACUCACGCUUACUCUUCCACCUUGGAUAAUUUUUGA